UACACAACUACUCCGUGAGGAAGCGCAGGUCGCGGUAAUCGCCGUCGAGGGCAAGGCAGCCCACCGCAGAUAUCUUCCGCCCGUGAGAGGCCCCUUGUGGUGCGCGCCCGUCGUCACGGCAACCGGCAAGUGAGGCCUGGAGACCGCCGCGAGGCGCAGUCACGUCAGGGGGCGCCGGGGGCUGCUGCGCCAUGGCCGGGCCCGCCUAGAGCGGAGGGAAGCCGCUCGCUAUGCUCGGCGUGCGACCAACGGCUUCCGCCUGACUCGGCCUUGGGAUGUACAGCGGCGGCCUGCCCGGCCUGGGGCUCCUGCCCCGCUGGCCCCACGCCGACAGUCUGGAGCGCAGCGUCGCCUUCCUGCAGCAACAGCAUUCCGAGACUCUGGCCCAGCUGCACCAGGAGGUGGAGCGGCUGAAGCGCCAGAACAAGGAUCUUCAGUACAAGCUCAUCAUGCAUCCGCCCUUGCUCAAGCCUGGUUCUCAUCAAAGCAGCAAGCCUUCUGAAGACAGCUGUCCUGUGGAAAAAAAAGCUCUGAACCUGAAGGCAGUAGAAAGAGCCGGGUCCACAAAACGACUAGGAAAGAAGCAAGAGGAUGAAGAAAAAACGGAGCACGCCAAAGAGGCAGCAGCCAGUGUGAUGCAGGAGGACUUGGAGGCCCUCUGUUCAGAGUUUGAUAUUUCUGCACAAACCGCUCCCCUCAGUGACAAAGAAGUCUGUGACAGAAUGACAUCCCCCAUGCUUCCUCCAUCCCAAAGUCAAACAAAAACUGAGGAAGUGAAAAUCCCUGCAGCUUCUUCCAACCCUUUCUUGGUGAACGUACUUCCAUCCCAAAUGCGGAAGCCACCAACACUAGAGGAUUGUGAGGUGGUCAUUCGUCAGCUGUGGAACAUCAACCACAGGCAGAUGCAAGAGCUGACGUAUUUGAGAGCGUGUUUAGAAGACAUCCACAAGACCAAAAGAAUUCCUGACGACUAUAUGCUUGCCGGACAUAUUGGGAACCAGGAGACCACACGUUUUCCUAAAGUGAAGAAUGCUCCUAAGAAAUGGAUUCUAACGCCACUGCCUGCUGCCGAAAGAGCUGUGCUACCAGCACUGAAGCAAACAUUAGGAAAUGCUUUUGCUGAAAGACAGAAGAGAGCACAAGCUGCUCAGAGGAACAGGCUUCACCGGACUGUGCUUUAGCAGAGUUCAAUCAAUCCCCUUCUACAAAUGGUUCAGAAGCCACCCCCCCCCCCCAGCCAUGUUUGUUCCCCUGUGGUGCUGGAGAAGUUUGCACUAUUUUUCCAACAGGGUCUUAGCUUGAUGUUCUCUCUUGUGUAACUUUUUGUUUUAAAGUUCAUAAAUAACUGCCGGUUUUUGUCCACUCA